GCCUCGAACAGUAUCUACUUGUUUCUUCCAUCACUCUUCAGGCUCUUCUGGAGAAAAAGAACCAAAAAAAAAAAAAAAGCAUUUCUCUUUUCUCUGUAGAAGAUAGAUACGUUAAAGGCUAUGGAAGGGUUGGAACAGUGGAAAGAUCAAUUAGAGCAGUUGAAGAGUCAAAUGGAGCCAUGGAAGAAUCAGUUGGAGAAAUGUUUGCAUGAAGCCAUUGAGUAUUUGAAUCAAAUACCCCCUGUUCAAUUAUAUGCUGCUAUUGCUGUCUUGCUGAUUUCUACCCUCUUGCUUUUGUCCAUUCGCUUGUUCAAACGCGCAAAAUCUAAUACCAUUAUACUCACUGGCCUUAGUGGAAGUGGUAAAACUGUUCUUUUCUAUCAGCUUCGUGAUGGUUCUGUGCAUCAGGGUACCAUUACAUCUAUGGAGCCAAAUGAGAGCACUAUCGUGCUAAAUUCUGAUAGUAAUAAGAAGCGUAAAAGCAAGCCUGUCCAUAUUGUUGAUAUACCCGGGCAUUCUCGUCUGCGUCCCAAACUGGAUGAGUUCUUACCUCGAGCAGCUGGCAUUGUGUUUGUUGUUGAUUCUUUGGAGUUCUUACCGAACUGCCGUUUAGCUUCAGAGUAUCUGUAUGAUAUUCUGACUAAGGCCAGUGUGGUCAAGAAGAAAAUUCCAGUUCUCAUCUGCUGUAACAAAAACGAUAAAGUGACUGCUCAUACCAAGGAGUUCAUCAGAAAGCAAAUGGAAAAGGAAAUUGAUAAACUGCGGGCAUCGAGAAGUGCAAUAUCAGCAGCUGAUAUUUCAAAUGACUUCACUCUGGGGGUACCUGAAGAACCAUUUACAUUCUCUCAGUGUAGAAACAAAGUUACGGUCGCAGAAUCUUCUGGUUUAACUGGUGAGGUUGGUCAAGUAGAACAGUUUAUCUGGGAAUGUGUAAAGCCCUAGGCUAAAUCAGUCUUCUUUCUUUUUUAUUGUAAACCUGUUUAAAAAGCUGGUUUGAUUAUUUCAUCUCGAACAUUGACCGAGUUUAGGAAAAUGAGUCUAGGAAAACUGGUGAAUUAGUAAGAGAACUGCUGAUUUGCAAAAGUGUUGUGAUGAGAAUUGUGAUUAGGAAAAUGAUUAUCAUACUUUGUGUUAAA